UUUCAAGUGUUGUAAAACUAAAAGAAUAGAGAAAAUGGCUUCAUCGAAGCUAUUUGUGAUUAUGAUUUUCUCAUUCAUGGCGUUGUUCAUAGUAUCCCAUGCUAAAUCCUUUUCUCCAGGUCGGAAGCUAUUUCAGUACGCUCCAACUCCGGAGUUUCCACCGUCCUACGAGCCUUCGUCUCCUGAGCUCCCUCCGGCUUACUCUCCUACUCCGUCGUACAAUCCUACACCAGAGCUCUCUCCGUCGUACACGCCAACUCCGGAACUCCCGCCAUCGUACAAUCCUACACCAAAGAUUCGGCCGCCGUACGUAUACGUUUCUGCUCCUGCCCCCGCGCCUUAUUGAUCCAAAAUAUUGCGGUCUAUGAGAGUUUUAAUUUGGUCACAAUAUCACACGUAAAAUAAAGAAGCAUUAUUUCUUUUACUUAUCAAAUAGAAUAAGUUUUUAAAUCUAUAUUGAUCACAAAUUUGUUAGAGAAUAAAAAGAUUGCACGAUGAUGUUUACAGUGCUUUCUGAUUUUUGUUUUAAGAUAUUUAUGAUAUACACCAUUAUUAAUA